AUGGCUGGAGGGCUAGUUGGCUUGCUAUGGGAAGAAUGGGGGAUCCAAGUCCCGGUCCUGCUGAGCUUUAUGUUGCAAGUUUUCCUCCUCACCUUCGCUGGGAUACGUCGGCGCAAAGCUUCCGCGGUGUUGAGGCUCGUUCUUUGGCUAGCGUAUCUGCUGGCUGAUUCCACCGCGAUAUACGCCCUUGGCUGCAUAUCUGUCACCAGCAGAUCCCUUGAGCACAGGUUGGUUGUGUUCUGGGCGCCGUUCCUGGUGUUGCACCUGGGCGGUCAGGACACAAUCACCGCCUACGCCCUUGAGGACAACCGACUAUGGCUGCGCCACUUGCUUACUCUGGUAGUGCAGGUCCUGUGGACUGCUUAUAUUGUAUACAAGGCCAUGGCUGGUGCAGAUACUUUUCUCCUUCUGGCCACCAUGUUCAUGUUCAUCAUUGGUGUUGUCAAGUAUGGCGAAAGAACAUGGGCACUCAGGUGUUCUAAUAUGGCCAACAUACGAAGCUCUCUCAAGAAGGUCGGUGUCAAAAACCAUUGGUGUGGUCAACUUCAAGGUAUCAAAGGGGAUCUGGAUCAGGAAAACCUUCUGCUGCUUGCUCACUCUGUCUUCGACAUUUCCAAGGCAUAUAUGGUUGAUUCUUCAGUUGAGGUGGCUCCAAGUCCAAGCGAUGAUGAUUCGACAGGACUUGUAUCCUUUGGAUGGAAGGAGAUCUGCACAUUGGUCGAGCUGGAGCUCUCCCUCCUGUAUGACAUCCUAUAUACUAAGGCGGCAGUGAUCCACACAUGGUACGGACUAUUCAUCCGUGUGACUGCACUAUCUACAACCCUGGCAGCAUUUUUGUUGUUUCAGUUGAGUAUAAAAGAUGGCUUCAGUGAAGUGGAUAUCACUGUCAGUUACAUCUUGGUGGUCGGCGCCUUGCUACUAGAGAUCGCAUCAGUGCUCAGGUCAAUUGGAUCGACAUGGACAUGUGACUUGAUACAUUCCAGAAAGUGGCAUCGCCUUCUUCAUAUGGCUGUUUCUCUUCGCCGGUGUGUCGGGGCGCAAAGCUACAGAAGUUGGUCUGGCACUAUUUCACAAUAG